AUGGGUGCGCACCGGUGCCGAAUAAUUUUUUUUCUGGGGAAAGAAUAUCACGUUUGGUCUACUAAACAAGCUACUACGUCCGUUCAAAUAAUGAAACGUCUUGAAAGUAAAAUGCAAUUUGAUCGUGGUGAGUUUACAAAAGUUGAGCACGAUAUGGAAAAUUCUUCAGACGAACUAGAUAAAUAUGAUCAAGAAUUAAGCCCUUCAUCAAUUUCGUUAUUAAAUGAUGGCAAAAGUACCACCUCAUCAGUCAUUUCUUCUAUCGCCAUGACAUCUAACGAAGAGAUAAACAAAACGUUAGGCAGAACAAUGUCUGGGCUAUCAUUAACAACUGCGAAAAAACAUCGUCAGAGCUCCUCAACAUCAGUUUUCAAUAAAAUAAAAACACCAGAAGAAUUUGUUCAAAAAUUUGGUGGUUCAUGUGCUAUCAAUAGGAUAUUAAUUGCCAAUAAUGGAAUAGCAGCUGUUAAAUGUAUACUUUCAAUUCGUCGUUGGUCCUAUGAAAUGUUUCAUUCUGUUCAUACUAUUAAAUUUGUUGCAAUGGUUACACCGGAAGAUUUACGGGCAAAUGCUGAAUAUAUUCGAAAUGCUGAUCAUUAUGUAUUGGUACCAGGUGGACCGAAUCACAAUAAUUAUGCAAAUUGUGAAUUGAUAUUAGACAUUGCCAAAAGAACACUUGUUCAAGGCGAUAAAAUAGCUUCAAAUAUUGUUGCUCAAACUGCAGAUAUACCGACAUUACCAUGGAGCGGAUCUGAAUUAAUCGUUGAAUGGACAGAAGAAGAUCUGCAGGAGAAUCGAUAUAUCACAGUGCCAAAGGAUAUCUAUGACAAAGGAUAUGUAAACGAUGUUAACGAAGGCCUUCAAUCAGCACAUAAAAUUGGCUAUCCAAUAAUGAUUAAAGCAUCUCAAGGUGGAGGCGGUAAAGGUAUUCGUAAAGCAUCCAAUGAUGAAGAAUUUACAAUUUUUUUUCGUCAAGUACAAACUGAAGUACCUGGUUCCCCAGUAUUUUUGAUGAAAUAUGCGGGUAGUUGCCGACAUUUAGAAGUCCAAGUAUUAGGUGAUCAAACAGGACAAGCUAUAUCAUUAUUUGGACGUGAUUGUUCGAUUCAACGACGGCAUCAAAAAAUAAUUGAAGAAGCACCAGCUAUCAUUGCUUCACCAGAAAUUUUAGAUAAAAUGGAAAAAGCAGCUGUACGUUUAGCAAAAAUGGUGGGCUACGUUAGUGCUGGUACAAUUGAAUAUUUAUAUAAUCCUGAAGAUCAAACUUAUUAUUUUCUUGAGUUAAAUCCUCGUUUACAAGUAGAACAUCCAUGUACAGAAAUGAUAGCUGACAUUAAUCUACCUGCGUGCCAACUACAAAUUGCUAUGGGUAUUCCUCUGCAUCGAAUUAAAGAUGUACGUCUUCUUUAUUCGGAAGAUCCAUUUAGUGAUAUAUUAAUUAAUUUCGAUGAACCAACCAUUAAACCACAACCAAAAGGUCAUGUUAUUGCUGCACGAAUAACAUCGGAAAAUCCUGAUGAAGGUUUCAAACCGAGUUCUGGUAGUGUUGAAGAAUUAAAUUUUCGUAGUAGUAAAUAUGUUUGGGGAUAUUUUAGCGUAAAAGCUAGUGGGGAUUUACAUGAAUUUACGGAUUCACAAUUUGGUCAUUGUUUUUCGUGGGGUGAAUCAAGAAAUGACGCUCGAGAAAAUCUUGUUGUUGCUCUAAAAGAAUUAAGUAUUCGUGGUGAUUUUCAUUCAACUGUUGAAAUACUGAUUAAAUUACUUGAAACUGAAUCCUAUUUGAAUAAUACUCUUGAUACAAGUUGGUUGGAUUGUUUAAUAGCUGGAAAUGUAAAAACAGAAAAACCUGAUACCAUGCUUGCAAUUACGUGUGGUGCUAUACAUGUUGCUGAUCAAAUAAUACGUACUAAAUUUCAAAAUUAUGAAUCAUCACUAGAACGUGGACAAAUAUUAUCGUUAACAAGUUUAUCUGUUUCCAGUAAUGUAGAAUUUAUAUUUGAAAAUAUUAAAUAUAAUUUAAAUGUGACAAAAUGUGGUCCAACGUUGUACUUUGUUGUGAUGAAUGAUUCCUACGUUGAAGUUGAAGCUCACAGAAUGAAUGAUGGUGGAAUAUUGAUCAAUCUUGAUGGUUGUAGUUAUACAACGUAUGUGAAAGAAGAAGUGGGAGUUUAUAAAAUAGUAAUUAAUAAUAAAAGCUGCGUCUUUCAGAAAGAAAAUGAUCCAUCCACUUUAAGGGCACCCUCAGCUGGUAAACUACUUCAUUUCACUAUUGAAGAUGGUGGAUUAAUUGAAGCUGGACAAGUGUACGCUGAAAUUGAAGUUAUGAAAAUGGUUAUGGAAUUAAGAUGUGCUGCUACAGGACAUUUACAAUAUAUUAAACGUCCUGGUGCUGUAUUAGAGUCGGGUUGUAUUAUGGCUCGUAUUAUAUUAGAUGAUUCAUCUCAAACACAAAAAUUACAAUUAUACGAAGGAAAAUUUACUGAUACACCGAUAAAUCGUCUGAAAGGUAUAAAAUUAAAUCAAAUAUUACAAUUAGUAAAAAUAUCAUUAGAAAAUAUUCUGACCGGUUACACAUAUCCAGAACCAUAUUUUCAUGAACGUUUAAAAGAAAAUGUCGAUACAUUAUUUAAUACUUUAUGUGAUCCAUCAUUGCCACUAUUAGAAUUAGAAGAAAUUUUGGCAACAAUAUCUGCACGAAUACCAUUGCAAGUUGAUCAACAAAUAAAAUCAUUAAUGAAAAAUUAUAUGACUAAUUUGACAUCAAUUCUCAUUCAAUUUCCAUCACAACAAAUAGCAAAUGUUAUUGAAACUUAUGCUGAAAAACUCAAACAUCGUGAAGAACGAGACAUGUUUUUUACAACUAUUCAUCCAAUUAUUGGAUUAGUUCAACGUUAUAGAAAUGGUAUUAAAGGACAUACAAAAUUAAUUAUAACAAAUUUAAUUGAAAAUUAUCUAAAUAUUGAAACAUUAUUUCAGAAUGAACAAUACGAUAAUUGUUUAACAUUAUUACGUGAAAAUCAUAAAACUGAUAUGCAUCGAGUUGUUGAACUAGUUUUUUCACAUGCAAAUUAUCAAUCAAAAAAUGCUCUUAUCGUUAUGUUAAUUGAUGUAUUAUUUGCUCGUGAUUCAACUUUAACAGAUGAAAUAAAAAAAUUGAUGCAUGAAUUAACUCUAUUGGAUAAUCAAAAAAGUAUUAAAGUCGCAUUAAAAGCUCGACAUAUUCUAAUUGCAUUUCAAAAGCCACCAUUUGAAUUAAGAUAUAAUCAUAUGGAAUCAAUCUUUUUAACUGCUAUCGAUAUGUAUGGACAUAAAUUAUGUGAAGAAAAUUUACGAAAACUUAUUUUAUCUGAAACAAGUAUAUUCGAAGUAUUGCACAGUUUUUAUUUUCAUUCAACUAUUCAAGUUCGACAAGCUGCUCUUGAAGUUUAUGUUCGACGAUCAUAUAUUUCAUAUGAUUUAAUUAGUAUUCAACAUGAUUAUUUAUCAAAUGGAAUAUGUACAAUUCAAUUUUCUGUACAUCUUCCACAAAAUCAUCCAAAUCGUUCAUUUGACGAAUUGGUAGAUCGUUUUUCGUCGACAGUUAUUGCCGAUUCUACGUUAACGCCUUUGCCACGUUCUUUUUCUCGCCAAAUAUCAGUCGAUAGCGCAUCUAUGGACGAGGCAAUGAAUGUAAUUUACAUAUUUAUAAAAGAUGACACAAAUUUUCAACAACGUUUCAAAUUAGAAAAUAUAUUUUUAGAUUUUAUUCAAUCGAAAGAAAUAUGUGAUUUAAAAAAUGUUCGACGUGUGACAUUUUAUUUGGGAGCAAAGUUUCAAGAAGACAAAAUUUAUCGUAAUUUAGAACCAGCAUUGGCAUAUCAACUAGAAAUUUAUCGUUUACGCUUAUUUGAUUUGGAAUUUAUUCCUACAUCAAAUUAUAAAAUGCAUUUAUAUUUGGGUAAAGGAAAAGUACAUAAUAAACAGCAUCAACAAGACGAAAAUGAUCAUCGAUUUUUUAUUCGAUCAAUCAUACGACAUUCUGAUAUCUUUGCAAAAGAAGCAUCAUUUGAAUAUUUACAAAAUGAAGCUGAACGAACAUUACUAGAAGCCAUGGAUGUAUUAGAAUUGGCAUUUUCACAUCCAUUAGCACGUAAAACCGAUUGUAAUCAUAUAUUUAUAUGUUUUGUACCUACUGUAUGUGCUGAUCCCGUUAAAUUAGAAGAAAGUAUACGCAGUAUAGUGUUACGCUAUGGUGCACGAUUGUUGAGAUUACGAGUAUUACAAGCUGAACUUAAAAUGAUUAUUCGUAUAACACCUGAUUCAGAACAGAUACCAUUUCGUGUAUUUGUAUCAAAUGAUAAUGGUUAUUAUUUAGAAAUAUCAUUGUAUCGAGAAGUAAGAAAUUCUGAAACGGGUCAAAGUGUAUAUCAAAGUUAUCGGGCGGGUAAAACAGGUCCACUUGAUGGAAAGUAUUUGCAUGAUCCAUAUGUAACAAAAGAUCAUUUACAACAUAAACGAUUUACAGCACAAUCAAAUGGUACAACGUAUGUCUACGAUUUUCCAGAAAUGUUUCGACAAGCUCUAUCGCAUAUAUGGCGUUUACAUAUGGAAAAAAAUAAUGCGAAAAAAACCUUACCAGGCGAUCUAUUUGAAUAUGAAGAGUUAAUAUUGGACAAUAGCGCUAGUAACAGUUUGAACGAUUUGUCAUUUUCUUUGUCUCCUGUUGGCGCCAUCAAUGCGAUAGCAACUACACCAUCACGGUCCUUGAUUAAUUCCCCAAAAAUAAAUGAUAAAAUUGAUACAUCAUCCAUUCCAUUUUCAUCUGAUUUAUUAAAAAAAUGUGGUCUGCAAGCCCUUAGACGUCAUCCAACUGAAAAUGAUUGUGGUAUGAUUGCUUGGCGUAUGAAAUUGAAAACACCCGAAUACCCAAAUGGUCGUAUAAUUAUUGUAAUUGCUAAUGAUCUCACUUAUAAAAUCGGUUCAUUUGGUAUAGAAGAAGAUUUAUUGUUUCAACGCUCAUCCCAGCUGGCACGUCUUCAAAAAAUACCAAGAAUUUAUAUAGCAGCAAAUAGUGGCGCUCGAAUUGGUUUAGCUGAAGAGUUAAAAACUCUCUAUCGUAUUGCAUGGAAUGAUGUUCAUGAUAUCGAGAAAGGUAUUAAAUACUUAUAUGUGUCGAAAGAAGAUUAUGAACGGAUAGAAAAUCCAAAUUAUGUGAAAACCGAAGUGAUCAACGAUGAAAAUGAAGUCAGAUAUAAAAUUUUGGAUAUUAUUGGAAAAGAAAAUGGUUUGGGAGUAGAAAAUUUACGUGGUUCUGGUAUGAUAGCGGGUGAAACUUCAGAAGCAUAUAAUACAAUUCCAACAAUAAGUUUGGUGACUUGUCGUGCGGUUGGAAUUGGUGCUUAUCUUGUUCGAUUAGGUUCACGUGUUAUACAAGUGAAAGAUUCUCAUAUUAUAUUAACUGGAUUCAGUGCCUUGAAUAAAGUACUUGGACAAGAAAUAUAUAAUAAUAAUAAUCAGUUAGGCGGUACUCAAAUAAUGUUUAAUAAUGGUGUUACACACGAUGUUGUUAAAGAUGAUUUUGAUGGUUGUUUAUUGAUAUUGAAAUGGUUAUCAUACAUGCCAAAAACAAUGUUGCAUUCAUCACCUGUCUUAACAGUUAAUGAUCCAAUUGAUCGACCAAUUGACUUUAUACCAACAUCAAUGCCGUAUGAUCCACGUCACAUGAUACAAGGGCAUCAAUUUUUUCAUGCAAAUAAUGAACCAGUCGUAGAUGCACCUUCGUCAUCCGAAGCAGUAUCACAACCGAACAUAUCAAACUUGCCAUCCAUAGCACAACAAACAUUCUCAUCUUUAACCACAACGACGAUAUUUCAAACCGGAUUUUUCGAUCGUGAUUCAUUCGUCGAAAUAAUGAAAGGAUGGGCAAAAACCGUUAUUACUGGCAGAGCACGUUUAGGCGGUAUAUCAAUAGGUGUUAUUGCUGUUGAAACACGUACCGUUGAACUAGAACAACCUGCUGAUCCGGCUCAUUUUGAUUCAGAUGCGUAUACCAUUCAACAAGCAGGACAAGUAUGGUUUCCUGAUUCAGCCUAUAAAACAGCACAAGCUAUUCGAGAUUUUAAACGUGAAAAUUUACCAUUAAUGAUAUUUGCUAAUUGGCGUGGAUUUUCUGCGGGAUCGAAGGAUAUGUAUGAUCAAGUAAUUAAAUUUGGUGCUUGUAUUGUAGAUGCUUUGAGAGAAUAUGAACAACCUGUAUUUGUUUACAUUCCACCAUAUGGAGAAUUGAGAGGAGGAGCAUGGGUUGUUGUUGAUCCAACAAUUAAUAUACGUUUCAUGGAAAUGUAUGCUGAUCGUUUAAGUCGUGGUGGUGUACUUGAACCAGAAGGUACAGUUGAAAUUAAAUAUCGUACGAAAGAUCUUGUUCGAACAAUGCAUCGGCUUGACUCAAUAUGUCGAGAAUUACAAAUGAAUAUUAACAGGCAAUCGGCAGUCGCAAAGCGUCGGGCGAGUAUUGUGCAAACAUCAAUCAUUUAUUCUCCAUCCCCAUCUCUACCACCUACCACAUCAACAACUGAUAGUGUGAAAGAUGAGUUACAACGACAAUUAUCCGAACGAGAAAAAUUGCUUACACCCGCUUAUAAACAGGCAGCCGUUAUAUUUAGUGAUUUACACGAUACACCAGGACGAAUGUUGGAAAAGGGCGUUAUCAGAGGGAUAUUAGACUGGCAGACGAGUCGUGAGUUUUUUUACUGGCGUUUGAAACGUCGUCUGAAGGAAGAAGCAAUAAUUAAACAUGUGCUGAACGCUGAUUCAACAACUGAUUAUCAAGCAGCUUUCAGAAAAUUACAACAAUGGUUCAUGGAAGAUAAGAAUGAUACAUCCCAAUGGAAUUCAGAUAAAAUCGUUGUCGAAUGGUUAGAGAACCAAUUAUCUGAAACUGACAGUAGAUUGACUGAUCGAAUAAGAAAUAUUGAAAAACAAGAUGCAACUAAUAAAAUAAAAGAUUUAUUAAUUCGAUAUCCCGAUAUAUUGCCAGACAUUGUACAAAAUACAACGGAUGAUCAACGUCUAGAGAUUCAACAUUUAUUGAAUAAUAUAAACAGUGUUAAUUAA